UGGGUUUAGGCGGACGUGUGAGAAGUUACGAAAGGAGAGGAACGUCGGCGCCAUGUGUGCUCACACUGCGGACCGAGGACCGCUGGGUCUUUCAGGGAUCAGAUCAUAAGCAGGAGAACACGGAUCGACUUUUUGGGUUUAUCAGAACCGACUGAGAUGCCCCGGCUCUGCGCUGGUGGAGGAACUGCGCUCACUUUUAAACUUGUAGUGAGAUAGCUAACCUAGCUCGCGGCUGGGGCUGUGGGGACGGGGGUCUGGAGUUGCCGUGGCCGCUGGCGUGCAGUCAUGGAAGGGGGGAGCUCGAAGGAGAGCGCCGGGAGCGACCCGGAGCGGGAUCGGCAGUUUUGUGAGCUUUGCGGGAAGAUGGAGAAUCUGAUGAAGUGCGGGCGGUGCCGCAGCUCCUUCUACUGUAGUAAGGAGCACCAGAGGCAGGACUGGAAGAAGCACAAGCAGGUUUGUAAAGAGGUGGAGAAAACCGAGCGACCUCCAGCUCCUCCACCACCAACUCCUCCACCGCCCACGGAGCCUCCGGAGCCCCCGCAGCCCUGCGCCGACCCCACCGGAACAGAAGCCGGGGCUCCGCAGAGCAGCGGUGAGAGGCCGGGCGACGCGGCGUCUCCCCCGCGCUGCGAUCCACCGCCGCCGCCAGCAGCGGCUCAUAAACACACCGCGGGCCCCGCACACACCAAACACUAUAUCCGGUCUGUCACCGGAAUUGAACAUGUGGGUGACCAUAAACAGCCCGCGGACGGAGUUCCUCUCAACACCAGACCGAACGGGCAGACCGCGUCCCCCCCGCAGAAACUGGCCGCGGACUAUAUCGUGCCCUGCAUGAACAAGCACGGGAUCUGCGUGGUGGAUAACUUCCUCGGGGAGGAUCUGGGCCUCGCGGUUCUGGAGGAGGUCCGCUCCCUGUAUCUGACCGGGGACUUCACUGACGGACAGCUGGUCAGUCAGAGGAGCGACUCCACUAAAGACAUUCGAGGAGAUAAAAUCACCUGGAUCGAGGGAAAAGAGCGAGGCUGCGAGAAGAUCGCCUUUCUAAUGAGUCGCAUGGAUGAUCUGGUCCGACACUGUAAUGGUAAACUGGGGAACUACAGGAUAAAUGGAAGGACAAAAGCAAUGGUGGCCUGUUACCCAGGCAACGGCACUGGUUAUGUGCGACACGUGGACAAUCCUAAUGGUGAUGGGAGAUGUGUCACAUGCAUUUAUUACUUAAAUAAAUGUUGGGAUGUCAAGGAACAUGGUGGCCUUUUACGGAUCUUUCCAGAAGGCAAAUCUCAGUUUGCUGACAUUGAGCCCCUAUUUGACAGAUUGCUGUUCUUCUGGUCGGACAGAAGGAAUCCUCAUGAGGUCCAGCCUGCCUAUGCCACUCGGUAUGCUAUUACUGUGUGGUAUUUUGAUGCUGAUGAGCGAGCACGGGCUAAAGAGAAGUAUUUGACUGGUGCUGGAGAAAAGGGAGUAAAAGUGGAGCUUAACAGACCAUCCGACCCAAGCUAUUAAACGAUGACCGAACAGUUAUUGAAAGGCCAGCUUUUAAAAGUGGGAGGGGCCGAUAGGUGGAGAAGGUGUGACCUUAUACCACUUGCUGCUAAAGGGGGGAUGACUUCUCAAAUAAACACACAGGGGCUCUUCUUUGUGACCUUGAAUGUAUUAGUGGCAGACUUGCAUUAACCUAGCUUUGCAUUUCCUUUACAAAGAACGCUUCCGUAUAUGUGUAGGAAUAUGGAAACGGCGCUUUAAUUGAGUGUGUGUCUGUCUGAAAGAUGCAGAAAAAAAUAAACGAAAAGGUACAGUCUGCUUAGCAUUCCACAAAGUACACACAAGCUGCUUCAGGUUGUAAAGUCAUCUGGAACAUUCUUUAUGUUUAACUCUUAAGCUGCCGUUAUUGCUUAUUUUUGCCAAUUCUUUAAGUAACAGACUCUAAUCCUCUGCUUGUCCAGUGUCUGCUGUGUGACGAGUGUUCAUGCCGCUUGGUCAGUGUCUUGUGCCUGUUGCUGGAAUGUCUGUGCCAGUAAUGAGCAAUCUGUCUGUUGUUGCAGACAUCGACUCAUGUUCGUCUGAAACCAAAACUGACGCUUCCUUGUCUUGCCACUCUGAAUUUUAAAUAAAAAAAAGCUAAUUUUAUAAGAGACACCACCUUGUGGUUAUUAGCAGCAAGUUUAACACGGAUGUUUUCUGAAUGUCUUCAUUUAGGCUGCAUCAUCUACAGGCAUGUUUUUGGAAAAUGUGAAUACUUUAAUAUUUAAACAUUGUAAAUAAGCUCAUUAUGAUUACAUGAGUGGACUAAUUAAAAAAGUUAUGUAAAUCAUCAAUUAAACCUGGCUGUUAGUUUGUUUUGGGGAAUUGCAUUUAGAAUAGGUAACAGAGAAAAUUUUCACAAAUGGACUGCGCUUGGAAACUACAGAUAAUUUUUGAAUUUUCUAACAGUUUCUAACGUUUUAUUCUAUGCUCCUGAGGCUGGACUGAAGGGAUGCAAUGGUACAGUGUGGCCACGGUUUGGUUUGUAUCGCGGUUCUUGGUGCCCGGUAUCAGUUCGGUUUCAAUAUAUCAGUAUAAGAGCUUAGAUUCUCUGCCUGAACCCGACUCGACCCGAGAUUUCCCACCAUAUUCCUCAGGCUCCAGGAAAUAGACUGUGACAUAGGCAUCUGUUUUUAAUGCUGUUUUUAUUUUAUAUAAAGCUCUGGCGUGAUAAUCACAAUAUAA